GGGGAAUCCCCUUCCCACAAUGCAUCUGUUUGUUUGUGAGUUUGAAAACAGGUGGUUGGCAGAAACAUGAAAUGGAUAGAAAGCCCGGUCAUUUAACUAAAAAGGUUCCAGAUGUUGCCAAAACCCUAAUAUGGGUCAAGAUUGUAGGAAUAGGUAAUGCUGGGAUUGGGAAGACAUGUAUUAUUAAGAAUUUCUGUGAGAGCAAGUUUAACUCAGGUUAUCAGCCAACUGUAGGAGUGGAUUAUGGAUUCAAAAUCCAGUCAAUACAAGGUGUAGAUUUACGUGUCCACCUGUGGGAUCUGUCAGGUAACCAGGAAUACACAGACGUGAGGAAUGAACUGUAUGGGGACACUGAUGCAGUGUUUUUAGCCUAUGAUGUCACCAAUGAGGCAUCCUAUGAGGCAUUAGAUGGCUGGCUCAAAGAAUGGAACAAAUAUGGUCCACAGACAGCAGAAGUAACGUUAGUGGGAAACAAGACUGAUUUGAAACCGAAAAGAGUUGUUUCAAUGGCAGAUGGAAAGAAAUGGGCAAAUGCACACAAAUUCAAUUAUUACGAGACAUCAGCUUCCACAGGUGAAGGAGUUGAGAAGAUGUUUCAUGAUUUGUUAGUGACUGUUAUGAAGAAAAGAAAGCUGUUGCCAAAAGACUAACUGGUAAACGGAGCAAGUCAGUCUGUAAAUAAGGGUUGUUGUGCAGUACAUGUGUGUAAAUAUUGUGGUAAACAAUGAAGUAUCUAUCUAUAUUGAAGAUAUGCAUUAUGGCAUCUACUUGCUGCCCAAAUGUUAUGAAGGUUAUGUCCUACACAUGCAAUUUAAUAAGGAAGUGGACAUCAUAACUGUUUACAUUUACAGAGACAGGGUCUAGAAACAGAGAACAGGAUCAGAUUUCAAUUAUAUGAAAAAGGAAUUUCAGACUAUUAUUCAGAAGUGAUCUGUGAUAUUUUUGUCAAGUAGUUUUCAUCAGUAUAUAAAGCUCACCAACUAGUAUUGGCACACCACGUAACUAGUAUUGGCACACUAUUUUACAAAUGUGUCCAUGUUUUGAUACAUUUAUUUUCAUAUUACAUUUAUUUGUAAGCUUGUAGAGACUAGUAUGAAACUUUUAAACAUUUUUUAUCUUAAUUUCUCCUCUAACAUGGUAUAGGGGGGUUAAUUGCAUUUUUCUAGCAGUCUGUGAUAUGUAAAUACAAUUACUAGUACUUA